AUGGCUAUCCUUAGGGAUACUAACAGCCACAUCACCAAGCCGAAUAUCCCUCGUCGGAAGAUCGGGAAUCCCAGCCCCAAUCCCAACCAUAAGAGCACAUCGUACAUUAACAAAUUGCUGUCGAACCGCACUUGCGCAAUGAGCGGCCUGUACGGUUCCCAUGUAAUGCGGUCGGGCGAUUACAACUUUGUGAUGUUUAAUCCGACCGUAAGAAUAGACAUAUUUCUGCGGCCCUACGGAACUCGGAUGACAUGUGUAUUCUUCAUCGAGGCUAUUUUUCACAGCGACAGCCUCAUACGGGAGCGCGCAGAAGAUCGCGAUGGUAAUUUCUUCGGCGCGUAUUUCUGUGAUGCUAUCGGAUUCGGAAGCGGACUGGGAAUCAAGUUGAUUCAGUAUUUUUGUGGAGUCAUCAUGCGAGGUGUCUGA